UGGCGUGGAUCGGGGCAUGGCUCCACAGUGCCCCUCCCAGCCUUAUAGGCAUCAGCCGAAACCUGCCACCAGGCCGCCUCUUCAGGACCUAGGACAGCGCCCAACUAGGAAGCCCAGCCACAGGACCCUGGAGAGCGGCAGAGUGAACAUUCCUCAACUCCCUCAUUGGCAGGCAGCACACCUGUAAUCAAUGAGGCCACACAGCUGCCGCCACUCCAGGGAGAUGGCUGGGGGCUCAAAAGGAGGCCGUUUGUCUCCCUUGAGGAGAGGGGUUUUGGGCGGCCGGAGAGCGGUGAAAACUGUAAAAUAACUUUGUUCCUAUUUUUGCAGAAUCCGGCGGAGACACAGGCCAACAUCCCUCUUCCUGCGUUGAAGAGGGAUCCCCCCAGCGGUCUCCCGGACACCGUUAUUUAUAAUUUUGUUCGCUUUACUUUAAGUUAAUUUCCGACAGGAGAUUUUGUUGUUGAGUUUGGUUUGGAGUUGUAUAUAUACUUUUGGUUAAUAAAAGGCCCUGUUGGGCUAUUUUUCCCCAAACCUCCGGUCUGUGCAUUUCUGUGCCGCCCCGCCUGCACCGUCACGCCCCGUGCGGUGCCACAGUGGUGGAGAAUGCGGGCAUAGGCACGGAGUAAUAGCAGACUGCAGCUAACUACCUCGAGCUCAAGCAUUACACUCGUUCUUGCGGUAGAAUUUAAAAAAAAAAAAAAAAAAAAAAAAUUUUUUUGUUGUUUGUUCCCCCUCCCCCUUCCCCGUUAGUCUUGUGUUCCCCAAUUUAGCUGCAAUAUGGAGGACCUCUUGCGGGCGCUCGUGGAGGCUAACCUGGGACAACAGCAAGCUGCCCAGGUCAUGGCUCAACAGGUCAGCCGGCUCACCGAGGUGGUCCAGGCUCGCGACGCAUCGGCCGUGCCACUCCCAGUUGGCAGAACAAAGGCUAAAGACGUUCUGACAAAGAUGACUGAGGCCGAUGACGUGGAGGCCUACCUCCACACCUUCGAGCGGGUGGCCGAGCGCGAGUUAUGGGACCCCCGGGAGAUGGCCGACACCCUCGCUCCCUUCCUCACCGGCAAGGCCCAACAAGCGUACCAAGACCUGGGGGCAGCAGAAGCCCAAGACUACCACAGGCUAAAAAGGGAGAUACUAGCCAGAGCCGGUGUAUCCCCCACAUCCGCUGGACAACAGGUCGCCACCUGGGCCUACCAACCGGGGGUCAACGCGCGCAGCCAGAUGGCGUCACUUCGGAGGCUAGUUACCCGUUGGCUCCAACCCGAAAGCCUGUCUGUGGGGCAGAUCCUCGACCGGGUCGCCAUGGAUCGGUUCCUCCGGGCGUUGCCAUAUGAGGCGAAGAAGCUGGCUGGGCAGCAUGCUCCACAGAGCCCGGAAGAGCUGGUGGAACUGGUGGAGCGAGUCGAAGCCACGCAGGAGAUGCUGAAGGCAGGAUUGACCGAGCGCCCCCUCUUCCGUCCCCGGACUGGAGGUGACCGGAAGCCGACCCCACCAGACUCGGCCCAGGCCCGGGGUCCAGGCGACCACGGCGGAUAUGCGUGGACGUCCCACUUCCCGUUUCCGUCUGGAAGGGGAGGGAAAAUGCCCACCCUGCUGCCCACCUCUGGAAAAUCGCCCUCUGAUGUGUCCAUGCCCACCGACCCGGCCCCCACUCCAGCUCGCUUGCCCCAUGGACGGAGUUGCUUGGCUGCGGAGCAAUUAGAAGCCCACCAGGCCGCCAGAACCGUCCAGAGGGGGGGCAGAAGAGCCCGACGGAAGGGAACCGGAUCAGGGUCCCGACGAGCCAAACCCCGAGUCCGUCCAUCAGGCCAACCCUAUGCCGCCUGGCUCGGGGAACGAGUUGGAGUAGGCGAGGCCGCAGAAGAAGCAGAUGGGGAAGGUGAGCCCUUACUUCCUGUAACUUUGUCCAAUCUCCCUCCCCAGGCACAACGCAAAGGACAGUUCGGCACAGCGCAGGUCCAGGACGACCGGUUGCGCCACUGCUGGAGCCAGGUUCGGGUCCUUGAAGGGGUAAAGAGGGGAGAAGGACCCCUGGAAGCAAACUACUUUUCAGUGCAACAGGGACUGUUGCACUACCACACCACGAGAAGGGGAGAAGUCCGGGAGCUGUUGGUCCUACCCCACCAGUACGUGGCCACCGUCCUACAGCUGGCCCACACACACAUCCUGGGAGCUCACCUGGGCAUGCAGAAGACCCUAGAGCGUGUGGCAGACCGCUUCCACUGGCCAGGAAUGCGCAGAGCGGUGGAGGAUUACUGCCGCAGUUGCGAGGUGUGCCAACGCACCUCCCCGGUAAGGCCACCACCCGCUCCUCUAAUCCCUCUCCCCAUCAUAGAGACCCCCUUCGAAAGGAUCGGCCUGGACCUGGUCGGACCCCUGCCAAAGUCAGCCCGGGGACACAACUACAUCCUGGUCAUCCUGGACUAUGCCACUCGCUAUCCAGAAGCUGUGCCGCUCCACGUCGCCACCUCCAAGGCCAUUGCUCGCGAGCUGGUGCACCUCGUCAGCCGGGUCGGCAUACCAAAGGAAAUCCUUACGGACCAGGGCACCCCGUUUAUGUCCAAGGUAAUGGCAGACACAUGUCACCUGCUGCGAGUACAACAUCUCCGUACGUCGGUGUAUCACCCGCAAACGGAUGGGCUGGUCGAGCGGUUCAACCAGACGUUGAAGCGGAUGCUCCGGAAGAUAGUCGCUGCUGGCGGCAAGGACUGGGACAAGGUCCUGCCGUAUGUGCUCUUUGCCAUUCGGGAGGUGCCCCAGGCUUCCACUGGCUUCUCCCCUUUUGAGCUGCUGUAUGGGCGGCGGCCGAGGGGACUCCUGGACCUCGCCAAAGAAGCCUGGGAGGAACAGCCAUCACCGCACCGGAGCCUGGUCGAACACGUGGAGGAGAUGCGCACCCGAAUAUCAAGUGUCAUGCCAGUGGUAAGAGAGCACAUGGUGGAAGCUCAACGCGCCCAGCAGCGGACAUAUAAUCGGCCCGCUCAACCCCGAGAGUUCCGGCCAGGUGACCGUGUCCUUCUGCUGGUACCCACUCCUGAAAACAAGUUUCUCGCCACAUGGCAGGGACCCUAUACUAUCAAAGAGCGACUGGGACCAGUGAACUACCGUGUUGACCAGCCCGGACGCCGGAAACCGCAGCAGGUGUAUCAUGUGAAUCUGCUCAAGAGGUGGGUAGAGGGUCCUGCAGCAGCAACGGCGGCGAUGUUCACCACAGAAGAAACAACCCCUGCGCCCCGGGAGACUGUGCGAUAUGGUGCUGACCUGAGCCCCCGCCAGGUCCAAGAGGUGAGAGAACUAGUUGACCAAAAUCGUGAUGUGUUCUCCCCUCUCCCAGGUCGUACCACCUUAAUGGAGCACCAUAUUCGUACACCGGAGCGCACCGUGGUGAACAUACGCCCGUAUCGGAUCCCGGAGGCACGGAAAGCGGCCGUCGUGGAGGAGAUUGAGAGGAUGAGAGCAAUGGGAGUCAUUGAGGAGGCCUGCAGCCCUUGGUCGAGCCCCAUAGUCCUCGUGCCCAAACCCGAUGGCUCCCUGCGCUUCUGUAACGAUUUCAGACGCCUCAAUGCUGUGUCCGACUUCGACGCAUACCCCAUGGCCCGGGCGGAUGAGCUACUCGAGCGACUGGGUGAGUCCCGCUUUAUCACAACACUGGACCUAACCAAAGGUUAUUGGCAGGUCCCCCUCACCCAGUCAGCCAAGGAGAAGACUGCCUUCACCAGCCCGGUGGGCCAGUUCCAGUAUCGGGUCCUGCCGUUCGGGCUCCAUGGGGCCCCUGCAACGUUCCAGCGCUUGAUGGACAUCGUACUCCGGCCACACCAGCGCUAUGCAGCAGCCUACUUGGACGACGUGGUAAUCCACUCCUGCACCUGGGCCGACCACCUGAUUCACGUCCAGGCUGUUUUGGGGGCGCUGCGACAAGCUGGCCUCACCGCCAAUCCCGCCAAGUGCUGCAUAGCGCAAAACGAGGCACAGUAUCUGGGCUACACCAUCGGUCGGGGCCUGCUCAAGCCCCAAGAGAAGAAGGUGCAGGCCGUGAAGAACUGGCCCCGGCCUACCACCAAGACCCAGGUACGUGCCUUCCUGGGGCUGGCCGGGUACUACCGGCGUUUUAUCCCUCAUUUCUCCUCCACAGCCGCAGCCAGCACUGGUGGCGGUUCGCUUAGGGGGGAGGAAUGUGGCGUGGAUCGGGGCAUGGCUCCACAGUGCCCCUCCCAGCCUUAUAGGCAUCAGCCGAAACCUGCCACCAGGCCGCCUCUUCAGGACCUAGGACAGCGCCCAACUAGGAAGCCCAGCCACAGGACCCUGGAGAGCGGCAGAAAUCCGGCGGAGACACAGGCCAACAUCCCUCUUCCUGCGUUGAAGAGGGAUCCCCCCAGCGGUCUCCCGGACACCAAGGCACUUCCAGCGACGUGGCCCCCCAUGACGACGGAACCUCUCCAACCUGCUACGUGGAAGGCUGACUUCAUUUCCGCCUAUGCCUCCCUCCUGUCCCUUCAGUUCCUUGCCCUCACCGAGACCUGGAUCACACCAGACAACUCCGCUACUCCUGCUGCGCUCUCGUCCUCCUACUCCUUCUCCCACACCCCCUGGCCAACUGGCUGUGGUGGUGGGCCCCUGGGAAGUUUCCUUGAUGAGUUAGACACCCUGCUCAGCUCCUUCCCUGAGGACGGCACCCCGCUGAUCCUCCUGGGAGAUUUCAACAUCCACCUAGAGGCCUCCCAGUCUGCUGCCUUCCUACCACUACUCCACUCCUUUGACCUCUCCCUGCAACACUCCCCCCAACCCACAAGGCCAGCACACUCAUCCCCUCCCAGUCCAUGGAUGUCUGACACCCUACGCACCUCCAGGGCCAGCCUCCACGCUGCUGAGAGGAAGCAAUCACACUCCUCCUUGUCUUCUGGAUGUUUCCCCUCAUCCUUCAAGAGGGCCCACAUCACCCCACUGCUGAAGAAGCCCACUCUAGACCCCUCCAUCACCCAGAACUACCACCUGAAUCUCGGAGUGGUGAUGGACAACAGGCUGUCCCUCUCCAAGAACGUCAUAGCGUCUCUAAUUGGCUAUGUAAGCUUAGGGAAGAAAUCAGGAAUGGAGAUCACCUGCCAGCAGUUCCCCCUGAAACUGAGUUGGGCCACCACCAUACACAAGGUACAGGGGCUGACAGUGCAGCAGAUUGUGGUGUCCAUGCAGGACAGGACGUCAGAUGGCCAGUGCUACGUGGCUAUCAGCAGGGUGCCGUCUCUUCAAGGUCUCUUUCUGCUCAACUUCGACAGGAAGAAAUUGAAAUCCAGUAUUAAGGUGAAGUCAGAGUUAGAUCGGAUGAGACAAGACAUGCAGUUGUGCACAUUUCACAAAUAA